AUGGAACACAGUACAGAGCCAAUACCCCUACAAUCGCUCCCAUUCGAGCUUCAGCACUUGGUAAUCCAGUACCUCGACCCCAUCGGCCUCAUUUCUCUAAGUCAAACUGGCCGUUUUUACCGCCAGCUCAUCAACCCCGGCCGCAAAGAGCAGGUAGAGCGCCUGUUGGCACUGGAAUGCCUUCCCGAGUAUGGCGGCGACAGGCCAGCUAUCCUACACCCGGACAGCGAUGAGGCUGUGGCAGGCCCGGACUGGCACAGAGACGCGUGGCCGGAGCAUCAUCGCUGGGCAUGCGCGUUCUGCCUUCGGCUUCUCCCCCACACCCAUUUCGACAAUCAUUCGCUCCUUAGGCGGCGGUACCGAAAGCCGGAGCCGGGUUCAGAAGUGACGCCGCUCACAUCAUGGCAACCUGGAUCGGGGAGGGGGGCAGGUCAAAACGCCCGUAGGCGGCACCAGCAGCGCCAAGCGGGCGCAGGAAACAACCCCCCCAGAGCCUCUCAGCAGCUUGGGUGGGCGCGUACCUGGCGAAAGUGCAACGAGUGCAUGUUCCAGCGAGGGGAGCUCGGCCACGUGGAUAUUGGGAGGCCCUCUAUCUAUACACGUCGGCAAGGCACGCCAGAGGUGCCCAUCCAGAUCAGCCGCCGCGUAGUAUUCAGAUCCGUGUUGGAUCGUUACUUCCCAGGGCUAGAAGCCAGUCUGGAGAGCGGGCCGCGUCCAUUUCCGCUGCGGAAGGAUACUUUAUCCCGAGCAGACGUUAGCGAAGAGACCUGGACAAUGUACAUGGUGCGGUGUCCAGGGUGUCAGCGCUGGCAAGAGCAGCGGGCGUUCCAGAUCGGGGACUGUAAUAAGCAUUGGAAGCCAAGGGUCGGUUUGGAUGGACGGCUGAUGGGAUACAACGAGCUAUGGACUGAGCCUUCCUCGGUGAUGCUUGACGAGGUGCGCUGCAAUGGCUGCUUCGUCCGAGAACAUGGCCAUCAAGCCCUGAGGUGGAAAUUGGUCAGGCUCUUUAGGAGGGUGAUCCAGGAGCUGUUUUUCAAAACCCAGUCUCGGCUAAACCAGCCCUGGAGCUCGAGCUCCGAUACAUACAGUAACGUUCCCGAGCAGUACAUGAAGGAGUUUUGGGAAAUGCAGAGAAAAGCUCAUUAUGGGGCGGUUGAGGGGAGGGACUGCUUUGAGACGAAAGAUGGUAUAGUAUGUAUGACAGAUUAUCAUGUGGCGACCUUGACGACGCUCCACGAGGAAUUUAAAACCCUGUGGACGGUGAUGAGGACGCAUGCUGACUUCGUCGAGGAAGAUUUCUUAGAGGACGCGCGUUUUAUGGCUUGGUUCAAUUGCUAUCACGAAUCAGAGGCUAUAUGGAAAUGGCUGAGGGAGGUCCUAUGUGAGGUUGAGAGGAAUCCAGACAUGCUGGUGACGUGGGCGCUUGGACGAGAUGGUGCGUCGUUGAUGUAG